AUAAAGCUGAGGUCUUGGGACCAAGAUUGCCGCUUCUGCAUUAUCACUAGGGCUCCCAGAGGCCAGGACGCCUCCCUCUUAUCAAGGUGCUGCCAAGCUCGAUGUCUGUGUCAAGCUUUGGCAGCAGCUUUGCCUCUGGUCAGCGGAGCUCUGCUCAGUUUAUGUAAGUUCCGGGGACUCUGUCUGAAUCCUACAGAAUGGCGCAACGCGUGUCUGACGAUGCCCUCUGUGCACCUAUUUACGGGUUGGUAUGCACGAUUCACAUGCAGACCAAAAGGCGAGCCCAAUGCAGAAACAGACGAGGGCUUCGAGGAACACUCGUCGCUGCAACAAGGCGUUUUCGGGGUCCUGUACACGGUAUCUAAGGAGCACAAGGCCACACUGCGAUUUGCGGUGUCACGCCUGGUGCUGGACUUCUGGCAGCUGUGGCUGUUGGUGGUCAACCCGGCGUACGGAUUCGACAUCAACGUUAACAGCAAGAUAUGGAAGGCGGCAUCGUUCAUCCAGCUGGAUUGGAUCCUUCUAGACCGGGGCUACACCUUCUUUCUCAUCGUGCUUUACAUGCUGCUGGCGUUGCUGGCACUGAAUGUGUUGCUGAGCAUGUGGGUGGCGUACCAGUUUUCAAACAACCGCUUUGACCAGGUCUGGCCUAUCGCCUUCCUGCGCUGGUUCGGCCUCAUCUUUUUCCAGGUCCUUGACAUCGCCACACUGACGCUGCUUCUGGGCACGCUGGAUUGCCACUACAUGGGCGGCCCGCCACAGCUGCGGUACUACAACGCGCUGUUUCCAGAAGUCUAUUGCUGGUCCAUGCCUCACCUGGUGCACGUGGCGGUGUCGGUGGUGGGGCUGCUGGUGUUCGAGGUCAUGGCCAGCGCCAUGGUGCUGAGCCAGAUGGACCUGAACCCGCUUUCACGGCAGCCGCUGGCGAUCAUGCACUCCAGCACCGAGGGCCUGUGCUUUGGCCUCAAGUCCAUAGCCGCCAUCGCCGCCGUGAUGCUGGCCGGGGACCUGAAAUGGGUGCCCGCCACGUACGCAGUUGUGAACUACGCCCGCUGCGCCACCUACGGCUGCGUGCUGUACUGCUCUGCGCUGCUGUGCGUGCUGGCUUUCAUGACGCCAUCCGCCCGGCAGCCGGAACGGCGCAAGGAGUUCCAGCACCAGGUCACACUGGCCUUGUGGAUCGGCAUGGGCCCCGCUGCCCUGGCCGGCAUGGCUGCGUGCUGGGCGCGGCUGCAUUACUUCUGCGUCGUUGUGGCGGAAAGAUUCCGGACCGCCACACCGGGCUUGCCAUCCAAAUACAUAUGCAAAUUCGAGGACGCGCGGGAAGUGGGGGUGGCGUUGCGCGCCUGCCGCGACUGGAUUCCCGGGGACGAGGACACGCUCAAGCCCGAGGCGAUGGCGCUGGGGGAGGUCAUUGUCAAGGCCGGCAUCAUGCAGCUACCGUCCAACCCGCGUAUGACACUGCUGUACUCCUCCUUCCUCAUCGAUGUUCAAGGCAGCUACCAGUCAGGAUACACGCAGCUGCAGGCUGCCAAGCAGCAGUCCCCGGGACUGCUCGACCGCUUCGCCAUCUUCAGCCGCGAGCAAGAGCACACGCAGAAGGCUAGCGGCGUCAAUGGGGCGGGUGACGGCGUUGUGGACCUGGUGUCAUACGUCGAGUUCCAGCGCAGCCACAGGCUGGUGACGCGAGCUCACAAGGAGGCGCUUCUGGCGAUGCGCGCGUUCUGGAGCAUGUUGCUGCACUCACGCGUGUCCUUCAUGCGCCUUACACACGCCAUCAACCGAAUUGAGGUAUCCAUCCGCUCCGCCGAGCGCGCCUACCAGAGCGUGCUGACGCGCCACGGCCACAACGCGCGUUUGGUGCGGCUGUACGGCCGUUUCCUGGAAUCCGUCAAGUUCGACCCCUGGGCAGCCGCCAAGUGGUUCACCGAGGCCGACCGCCUGGAGGAGCGCGAGGAGCAUGCCAAGGAGGCCAUGCAGCUGGGCGGCGCCCUGGUGGCGCUGGGGGCCACCGCGGGGGGCGGGGGCGCCAUGGCGGUGGACGGCCUGGCAGCCCUGUUCAUCAACUCACAGGGCAUCAUCCAAGUCGCCACACCCGAGGUCCACGCGCUGCUGGGGUAUGCCAAGGGCGAGCUCAAGGACCGUGACGUUGCGUGCAUCAUGCCGCCGCCCUUUGGGGACAGGCACAACGCCUACUUGCGCAACUACAUCCAGACGGGCGUCUCCCAUGUGCUGGACCGCACCACGGACUUUGUGGCGCUCACCAAGACACGCAGCGUGGCGCCCAUCAGGCUACGCAUAAGCAAGGUGUCGGGUCUGAGCGAGGACAGUGUUUUCAUGGGCGUCAUGGAGCCGCUGCCGCCCCAGCCUGGCGUGGUCCGCGCCUGGGUGAUGGGCAACGGCGGCGGCACGGCGGGCGCCACGGGUAACACGCUGAUCGCAGCUGAAGAGGGCUUCUACGACUGGCUGGGCUAUGGCCCCGGAGAGCUGCUGGGGCAGCCGCUGUCGGCACUCGUCAACGAUGCGCCCACUGUGGAUGUCGUUAUCAAGGACCUGCAGCAGUCGCUGCUGACGCCGCCCAUCGCAACCAAGGCCACCGCGACAGCUGCUGCGGCAGUUGCUGCCGGCCGCUCCCGCUGUCGCUCAGGAGAUCUGACCGGACCUGGUGUGCCACCGUCUCAGCCGCUAAGCGCUGCACAGCAGGGUCAGCUAGGUUCCUCCACGGGGCCAGGAUCGCCGGGUGUUGCGGAAGGUGGAGAUCGCGGGAUUGGACAUGGUGGCAUGGGCAGGAGCACUGGGUCCCAAUUGCUCGGCUUCAGCCUCGCGGCUCUGAUGCUCGCACGGGACACUGCUGGCGGCGGAGGAAAGGCGGAUGCAGCUCUUGAUGCCAGCGAUACGUCAGCCCACGGCAAUGGUGCCAGCGGCGAGGUUGGUGGUAUUGUUCGCGGUGUGGGCUCGCGCACCGCCAACCAGCCUCAGCCGACCGCGACACUGCCAGGUCUGGAGUGGCGCCAUAAGUACAGUGGCUCCAUCCCUCUCACUACCAUACUCUCCGCCGAUGCGUUUGGCUCCGUGCGGUACGUGGUAAUCUCGCUGCACACCGACCCGAAUGCCAACGGCGAAGGAGCCGCUGUCCCGUCGACCACGCCCGGUGGCGCCAUGCAUGACUCGGUGCACUACAGCGGCGGCGGCGCUGCGAGCGCUUCCGCAUACAUGGCGAUAGCCAGCGCUGGCUACGGUGGAAAUGCAAAGGACUCGCUCCUACCACCGUUUGCCUACGAGCUAGGAGGGACAGGCCGCGGUCGCCGGGCAUCGGUGCUGCCUCAGCUGCUGCGCUCACCAGCUGUGUUUUCCGAGCUCAUGCUGGUUGCCGACCAGAAGGGCCGCCUGCUCCACGUGACGGCUGCCAUGGCCGCGGCUCUGGGUCGGUCUGUGGAGAGCGUGCGCAAUGCCGGUCUGGCAGCGCUGAUGCCCGAGCCGUACGGCCUCAUACACCGUCCGUGGAUGCACCUGCUGGCGGUUCCCCCGGGCAAGUCCUGGGGCGACAACGCGGCUGCUACUGCGGUUGGCCACGGCGCGCCACAGCCUCCGCCGCACAGCUGCCGCAGCGGCGUGACACUGAGCCUGUGCGGCUAUGACGAGAGCGAGGGGCCUGUCGAUGUGCCAUUCCGCAUGCGGCUACAGCAGCGACUGAGCACGACGCCUAAGGGCCCCGGGCGCGUGCACGUCAUGGCCUUCGAGCGCCGCACGCGAAAUCAGGCCAUGGCUGAGCGGCGCAUGCGGUUGACAGUGGACCUGUCCGGCACCAUCACCGCCGCCGACCCAGCGCCCGCGUCGUUGUUCGGCGUGGACCCACGCCAAAUGGUUGGCCGCUCGCUGGCGGACCUGGUGGACGUGUUCCAGCUGGCGGCACAGGUGCAGGGCCAGCAGCAGCAGGAGCAGGAGCGUAGGGAGCAAACCCAGGGCCAGCAAGUACUGGAACAGGUCCGAAGUCCAUCUGCGGACCCUACAGGCAGCAGCAGCCUUGAGCAGCAGCAGGACGUCCAAGAAACGCUUACAGCGUCCAUUGCCACAGCAACGGGCGCUGUGGCCUCUCCUUUUUCAUCCGACCGGAUAAAAGGCGACCUGAGGCGCGCAGGCAGCGGCGCCGUGGACCUAGUGCGCAUGGCAUCCGGAACGGCUGGCAGCGAAGCAGCUGGCAAUGCUGUCCGGACGCCCUCUGGCUCGGUUGUGGCACACGACGCCGCUACUUCGGGUUUCGCGGCAGCCCAGCUGCAUCCAUCCAGUGUGGCCGCUGACUCGCCGCUAGCCGUGGCGGGGGAUGACCUGGAUAAGCUGCUUACGCUGCUGAUGCUGGAGCUUUCCAAGAGGGGGUCCUCGGCCGAGGGCAUGAGCUGGCGUGUGGGCGUCAGCCUGCCGGCCGACGACAGCGCCGACGCUGAGUUGCAGCGGCUGCGGGCCGCGCUGGGCGACAAGCACGUGGCCGCGGCGGCGGCGGCACUGGGCGCCAAGGUGGUGCCGGCGGUCAUGGUGGUGCGCAUGGUGCGGCGGCCGCACGCAACGGCGCCGGCAGCUUCGUCCACUGCCUAUCCAACAAGAAUGCCGGGUGGCGGCAGCGCGUACCCUGGCGGUGGCGGACUGAGGAGCGGGGCGUCGCUUGGAGGGGCAGAGGCAGCGUUACCGGAACUUACCUCCGCCGCCCGCAGCACCCAUGCCGCCAGCUCCGCCCCAGUCCCGCCCCUGUCAAGCCUUACAUCAGUUGGCAUGACCGCAGAAACGGCCGUCUUAUCAGCAACACCGGCGCCAUCGCGCAGUCAGCUUCCUGAGAUAGACGGCGCGGUCACUGCCGCCAGUACCCGAGAGGAAUCCUUUCCACAGCCCGCGCCGCCCGCCGCCCGCGGCGGCGGUCGUGGUGCGGACGGGAUGCCCAUCGGCAGCAUGGCGGGCAGCCCGCUUGCGUCUCCCCGCAACCCGCUUGUCGCGGCUGCUGGUGCGGAGGCGGCCAUGAUAAGCAGCAGCCGCUCACCAUCCUUUUCGGUACCUACACAGCAACCGUGGACGUCGCCGCAAAGGGAGCACGGAUCCCCGAGGAGUGGCCGGAGUGGCAGUGUCCAGACUCCGUUCGCAUCACGCACCGCCAGCCACGAUCAUGCCAGGUCGGGUGUGCCGCAGCAAGAUCAGCAAAAUUGUCCGCCGUCGCGCAGCGUUCGGCGCUCUGCUGCGAUGCCGAGUAGUAAGGACCUCGCGGCGGCACAGAAGGGACACCGAGAACAAAGCGCAGAGGAGCAGGGGCAGCAGUACUACGUGCCAGCACAGCAUGGGCGUUACCGGCAUGCUGACCCCACGCGGAUCCCUGCAAAUGCACAGGCCGCCUUCCAGCGGCCAUUUCAACCAACUCAGCCAUUUCAACAGCCCCCUGAAGCCCAUCGGCCUCAGCGGCAACAGCCUUCAGCGCAACCGCUCUGGUCUCACCAGCAGCCGACUCCACUUGCACAGCAUGCAGCGCUACAUGCAGCGGCCCUGGCGCCCAGCCUGCGGCUUGAGGUGGAGCUGUGGCGUGCGGACCUGCUCGGGGGCGUGCUGGAGCUGGACGCCCGCGGCCGGGUGGCGCGGGUGGACCCACACGACUCGCUGGGCCGGGCGGGCUUGAUUCUGGGCAGCCCCAGCGGUGGCCUCCUGAAUGCCAACAUCGCGACCCUACUGCCGCUGCCGCCCGCCGGCGCCGCCGCGCUUCUGACCAUGCCGCAGCCCGCUGCCGACACUAUUGGCAGCCGCUCGGCUCCGGUGCUCCGUGGCGCACUGAAGCACCGCUCCGGCGAUGCUGGUCGGUCGGGGGUCGUGGGGCCGCCCCUCGUGCUUACGGCGCGCCAUGCCGGUGAUUGCUGUGAGGUCCAGCUACGGCUGCAGGCCGUACGUCGCACGGGGGUGGAUGGCGGCAUGUACAUCGUCCUGCGCCCGCAUCGGCCAACGCCGGUGCAGCCAGGCUUUGUGCGAUGGCUGGCAGCAGGAGAUGUCGCUGGGCUGGCGGCGAACCCGCCGGCUGGCACGAUCGGCAGCGGCAGCGGCACUCUUGCAGCUGGCUCAAAUGCCGGGACGUUGCAUACUUCGGCAACGGGCCUUGGGGUGCUGGCGGCAAUGCAGCCAGCUGGAACGCCAGGCACACCCCGCGGAGUCGGUGGUACGGGUUGUGCUGCAGCAUCGCCGUCAAUGAAGGCCAUGGCAGCAACAAUGGCGUUCCACGACGUCGGCCGCAGUGACCUGCCACUGGUGUCGGCAGGACCCGGCAGCCCACAUGGCAGGCGCGCCAGCGGUGUGGUUGCUGCGGCUAAGUUAGCGCCACUGCCUGCAGCGGCGGCGCCAGUAGCUCCUUCAAUAUCCAGUCCAGCCACUCCCACUGUCCCUGAAGCGGUCGUGUCGCAUGCGGAGCAAGCUGCUGCCAUCGCAGCAGCCCGACCCUUCACAGCCGCUGCAGUAAUGCCAGCGGCAGAGCCGAUGGUCCUGUCGCCGCGUGCUCGGCCCGCGUCCUCAAAGCCACGCCCGAACCUCACGUCAGUGGCGCAGGCAGCAGCAGUAAGAGCUCCAGCAGCUGCAGACGGCGGCGAUGUGACCGCUGCCUCCAUUGGCAGCGCGCAUGAGCCACCCCCGAUGGCAUGGCCAGCAGGCAUAGCGGUCACACCAGCAGUGGCGGCUUCCGCCGCAGCGGCGGCGGCAUCCCUGUUGGACGGCAUGGCAAGCGCAACGGCGGACGCGAUUUCGCAAGCAAUAACAGCAACCCGACGUGGAUCACUGCGUGUGGCGGACCAGCAUGUAACUUCUACCGACCAGCAUGUUAGUUCUACCGGCGGAACGCCUGCGGAGCUACGCCGCCGGCCGUCAUUCAAUGAGCCUGGCGGCGGCGACGGAGCGCCUGAGGCGGCGUUGUCCGAUACAGCGCAGCGGCGGCACGACAACCUCCUUGCGCGCAGCCGAAGGGGCUCACAUCUGUCACGCCUGGAGUCAUGGGUGCUUAGCAGCAGCGGCAUCGACCCGGAUGCUGAACCACCAAACCGGGCGGCCUCGUCUGCCCACUCGCGGCUUCUUCCCGGUGCUGUUCCGGCGGGGCCGACUGCAGCCGGUACGGUAUCAGAGAGCGACGCAAAGGACGACUCCAGUCAUGAUGAAGUCCACGACGGUAUGGGUCAAUAUGGGUCAGAUCAUCAUGACCUAGACACGAGUUCGGCCGACAGUGAUGAGGACUACGAUGGCGAGGCUGGCCAGCAGCGGCAACGCGGCCGCAAGCAUUGCUCCGGUGCCGACCCACUUGCUGAGGACGAGGCAAUCCUCAGGACGCUUGAGGGCACCGCCGGAAAGCUUGAUGUGGGGGAUGAAAAAGCAACGGUUACCUCCGGGCCAGCACUGGACGGCGCCUUUGCUGCGGCGAGCGGCUCACGCUCUGGUGGGCUACCCAGCGCGGGCGUGACGGCGCUGCGUGAGGGCAUACUACCUGAAGGUGCUCUCGACAGCAACCAAGGCCGGGGCGGCGGGGGUGGAUCGGGGAGCGAAGUGGGCUCGGACGCAAGCGGCGUCGGCACUGCCUUUGGCGCGGGCAAGCGCUUCAAACGCCUUUACCGACUGCUCAUGGGGCCACCGUCGCAGGCUCACUCCAGCAGGCUGUGGAGGCGGCUGCUGGCGGUGGUGGGCGCCAUUUUGGUCAUCCACACGAUCACCUUCGCCGUGAUGGUGUCGCGGCUGAACCUGCAGCUCAAUGACAUCCGUGAGCUCAAUGACGUCGGUGCCGCCGCCGCACGCAUGCACGACAUCGCCAUUAAUGCGCGCACGCUGGCCACCCUCUACACCACACAUACGGACGCGGUGCGAGCUGGCAACGCCGGCAUCAAUGCUUCAUCCUACAAUCACACGCCAGCAGCGGGCAUGCAGGUGUUCGGCGAGGACUUGGCGAUCGCCUCUCGGCGCGUGCUCGCUCAGAUGGAGGAGAUGACGCUCGAGCUCAAGGAGCUGCAACAAGACAUCUUCCUGGGCAAGCGCAAGUCGCUCCGCAUGCCGACUGGCUUUGGCUUCCGGGACAUUUGGGAGCUGCCCCGACUGCCGGUGGUUGACUUCUACAACCGCAAUGACAACAUCACCGGUCAGUUGUUCUCAGCAGCGGGCUACAGCUCCAAUGGCAGCUUGAUCCUGGAGCCAGAGCUGAUACGCGAGACUGUGCCGAUGGGUCUGUGGCGCGCGAGCAACCUGUUCGUUGCAGCAGCCCUGGAGCUAGCGGAGACCGCCGAGGCCUACGUUGCGGCGGGCGUGGAUUUCUCCGCCCUUGCGUCCUACAACUUUGUCGUGUACAACGGCAUGGAUGUGCUGUGGCCGGCAUACCAGGACUCCAUCGACGCAGUGGUACAGAUCACCAUCGGCAACGGCCGCGAGGUUUACACCCUCAUGCUGAUGAUACUUGUGGUCGAAGGCGUCGUAAUUGGACUGGGCGCCAGCGCGUUCGUCUGGUACGAGGCGCAGCAGUUCACCAACUACCACUAUAAUUUGUAUACGGUUUUCGUGUUGGUGCCAAUGGGACUGGUCCGGGGCCUGGCCAACAUGUCCAUUGAGUUGGAGCCGGGUAACGAAGACGAGGAUGCUCUCCUCAACAACGCCAACACGCUUGCGGCUGCGGAGGAGGACGGCGAUGGUGCCGGCGGAAAAGGCAUGGAUGCGGGUAGUGCUUUGGCCAUUGCGGACCCACUGGUAUUGCCUAGCCCUGCAUUGUUGGACACAGAGGUAUUCUACGAUGGUGGCAAGGGUAUGUUUUCGCCUCCGGCAGUCGCAGUCGAAGUCAGCAACGGCGUCGCUGCAUCUGCAAAGCCACGAAUUUUGCGCAUCCAAAGCGCCGGCCGCCCGAUGGCCUCAGCCGGUUUUGAGCAUCCCGGAACCCUUCCGCGCUACAACAGCGGCGACGGUGAUGAUGGCAGCGGUCCCGAUGCGGCAAUGGCUGAUGAGGUGGCUGCUAUCGCUGCUGCAGCUGUCGCCGGCAAAGACUUAACUACCAGUAGCAGCAAGGCUGACAGGGGCUGCGGCGCGACAGGUGGUGGUCACAUCAGUACCCGCAAAGUGCAGUCCUCACCAUCCAUGAUGGCGCGUGCAGCGGCUGCAGCAUCGUUCUCAGCCCACAAUGCCUCCCGCUUGCUGAGCUUCCGCUUCUUGGCUAGCAACAAGGUAGCCCCGCACUUCGGUGCCAACUCUGGCUCUGGCUCCGCCCGCGCUGCCAAGCCUCCCCGGCGCAAGCUGGUGGCCUCACGACGCCUGGGCAUCCUGCUGGUGCUUCCCUUCUUGGCGUGGAGCCUGGUGCUGGUAUCCAUUGACCUCAGCGUGUUUGCCACGCUCAAUGGCAACGAUGGUCCCAUCGCCAGUCUGGGCAUCCUGCACAGCACCAUCAGCCGACUGGACAGGACGCUCUACUAUGCCCUGGACUUAGCUGCCUCUUCCGGCAACGCCACUGCCGCUGCUGCUUCUCAUGAGGCGCUGUCCCAUGAGAUCUUGGAGGCGCAGGUGGAGUACGACGUGCUGCUGCAUGGCAGAGAGGCACUGGGCUGGGCUCCAAGUAACAUCACCCACCGGCCGCACCUGGAGCAAGAGACCCGGGGCAUUGUGUGGAGUGGCCACACGGUCACCAACAUCCUGUACGGGGAGGGCCAGUGCCUCUGCUUCGAUCCCGUCAAGUGCCAGCCGCUGACCUCGCCCUACUACCAGCUCACCAAUAAUGGGCUGCACCUAAUGAUGACAUCUAUCUUCAAGGCCACGCGUUCAAUGCUGGCACAACCUUUGGGUGGAAGCAGUGGGCUAAACUCCACAGAAUUCCGCUUUAUAUGGGCUUUGGCGCAGUCUGAUGUCGAAGGUGGUAUGUAUCGCCUCAUUGAUAUUUACCUCAAGGAGGUGCAGAAGGCCUACGAGAUUGCCGAGACAAAGCAAAUCAUUUUAUUUGUGCUGGCGGUGGUUUGGGCGGUUGCUUUCGUGUGGCUUCAGCUGCGGCCGUUCCUACGCCGCGCCCGCCUCGAGAUGCGCCGCAUCGCGGAGCUGCUCAGCCAGCUGCCGCCCGAGCUGGAGGUGGAGGCACUAAUGACGCGAUUGGUCAUGAGUUGCUCGGCUGGCACGAGCACCAGACAAGAUGCUGGGGGGAAAAAGCGGAUUGGAAAGCCAGCUGAUGAUGCAGGGAGAGCUGAGUCCAGCAGUGUUGUUGGAGGAUCAGAGCCUGCAGGGGCCGGCGGCGGGGCAGCUGGCCCAGGGAUGAUAGGUGGCGCGAGGCGGACCUCUGUGCUGUCACUUAUGAAUGGCAGCACUGCCUGGAAUGGCAAUGGCCACGAGUCAUCACCUGCUUCCCACCAUGCGAACGGUGGCACUGGCAACUGGGACCUUGCUAAGGGGCCCCAAUAGCAGCAGCCAACGGCCAUGACGAGAUUCCAUCAACCUAAUGAAGCCAUCGGCCUUGCAUAGGGAGAGUGGAGAUGAAUGAGCUUUGACUGCUCAGAACAGUCGCUUUGCGCCUUACCUCCACCUUUGGGUGCAAUGCAAGCGAAUGUUGAGUGGUUGGUGCUGCAGCUGCAGCUGUUUCAGCUGCAGGACAGUAUGGGGCAGUAUGGGCUUGGGGCGGCACAUGGUAAACACAGAUAGGCAGACGCACUUGCUCUUUGGGGCCCUGACAAUUCCAUGGACUGAUCAUGUCGCAUCAUAUGCCUGGCUAGGAACAAAGGUUGCUGGUGUACAUAAGUAUUGGUGGCAUGCUCCUUGUUGCUUGACCAGUCGCCUGAGCAAAUGCAGCCUACUGGUCAAAGCAGGUUUUUAGUGAGAUCUCUAGUGCGAUGUGGGACAUACUAGAAAAACCAACCAGGAACAUGGAGUGUUUCUGUGCGUCGGGCAGCCUGGCGGUAAGCCGUGCGUGUGGGUGAAACCUACUUGCAAACAGGAUGAUAGUCCUGGCCCCAUAAUUGGUGCACUGUGCUUGGGCAGCGGUACUGAGGAAUUUUGCACUGUAUAGCAAUUGCAGGGAGCGACAUCUUUGACUGACAGGAAAGGAAACGAGGAACACAAGUAUUUCGUUGAUGCAUCUGUAUGUAUGAUGUGGAUCCUCACGCGGGGUUAGAUAGGUCGUGUUUCUUGUACUUUACUGCUGCCUUUGACCAAACAUGGGCAUCACAUGAGCAUUCCAAAGGACCUGCAUUGCACAGGAAGGGGGUCCUAUGCAGAGAAUGCUGGGGGGCUUGGGGUCACAUGUCUGGUUAUUCCCAUUACCAUGUGGGCUAGCUAGCGUUGUUGGUGCUGAUGUGUGCUUUCUUUUGCAUGUUGGCAGGAGGCAUCAGGGCAUCCCGUACAAGUGUGACUCGUUGCCUGGUAGGCAUUUUGGGGCGUCUUUCACGGAGAUGUUGCAUACUGGUGCAUGUCCUGAUGUGCUUAGGUUAGAGUUGAAUGUCCGGCACACACGUGCACAAUGUUGUGCUGACUGGACCGGGUUUACCAAAUGUUUAGGGCAGGGUGCAGUUGGGAAUAUGAAGACCUUGAAGGCAUCCACGGACGAGGGACAGUGCAUGGUGGGAGGAGGGCUUGCUUUAUUUAUGUCUGUGGUAGGCACGCAGCAGAUCUGAUAGCAAUUGGCCUCUUCCAGUGAAGAUUUCAUGAUUCCUGUAUCAUUGUUACAUUGUAUUGUAAGGCCAGAGCACG